AUGCCACAGGGCUGCUGCUCCAAAGAGGAGGAGGCACGGCAACUGCCGAAGUCAAGGGGAGAGGAAACCCCUGCAACAGCAACUUCUGCUUCCGUGCCUGACAAUGCAGACAAAACCGGCAAGCCAGCAGCAGCAACAGGAUCAGCAGCAGCAGCAGUGGAGGAGCUGAAGGGAGGGAAGCAGCUGAAGCCAACCUCUUUGCCUACUGCAGCGGCCUUGGCGCAUGCAAUGAGAGGCUUGUCCCUCUCACCCUCUCCUCUGAAUAGCCCCCACUUGUUUUGGGACACGCAACCCGUUGUCAAGGCGACAGAGCAGCAAAACAUCACUCCACAGGAUGAAGGGCCAAUCGAUGCAACGAAGACGGUGGAGGAUGUUCGGAAGGAUCCUUACACCUUGCCGAGUGGAUUUGUUUGGUCGCAAUGCUCCGUGGAAGAACCAGAAAUGCUGGACGAGCUGUACAACUUGCUAGCGCUGCACUACGUAGAAGACGAUGACAAUUUGUUUCGUUUUAAUUACGGAAAAGAUUUUUUGGUUUGGGCGUUGACUCCGCCGAAUUAUUUUAAAGAAUGGAUUGUGGGGGUUCGCGUGGAGGCAUCGAAGAAGCUGGUGGGAUUCAUCUCUGCCAUACCCACGACUCUUGUUUGCAACAACAAACAAAUUAAGGUCGCGGAAGUUAAUUUUCUCUGCGUGCACAAAAAGCUUCGGAGCAAACGACUGGCUCCGGUGCUAAUUAAAGAAAUUACACGUCGGGUGAAUCUGAAGGGCAUUUGGCAGGCGGUGUCGUACUCCCUACUCCUGUGGCGGAAUGCCGGUACUGGCACCGUUCUUUGA